UCCGGAGGCUUUAACACAAGGGCUGCCUGCCUGCCCGGCGGGCAGUGCUUCGCGGUAGGUCGUGGAGACCUUCUCUGUCGCCGCCGCUCUCACCAUGGCUUGGGUCCAGACUGCGCCACAGCGUCUUGGGAGUCGUGGGCCCUCGGAACCUUUUUAGUGCCGGAUUCCGGGCCGCAAGCAGCCCCGCGGCAGCAGGAUAACAGAACCUCUGGAUGGACUCUUCCUGGGAAGCUUUGCUAAUUUGCAGCAGCUCGACCAUGUUCCUCAUUAACAUCUGUCUGUCAGCUUAGUCGUCACAUCAUUUCACCGUGGUAAGGUGGCAGGGGCUCAGCUCGGAAUUCUAUAUAGAAAAAGCAACUGGAUCCCAGUCUUUCAAUGGCUUCAAGACAACCAGAAGUGCCUGCUCUUGAGGCUAGUGGGCCUCUAGGCAAGAUGUCCCUGCCCAUCGGGAUAUACCGCCGGGCACUCAGCUAUGAUGAUACCCUCGAGGACCCUGCGCCCAUGACUCCUCCUCCAUCGGACAUGGGCAGUGUCCCCUGGAAGCCAGUGAUUCCAGAGCGCAAGUAUCAGCACCUCGCCAAGGUGGAGGAAGGAGAGGCCAGUCUACCCUCCCCUGCCGUGACGCUGUCAUCAGCCACUGACAGUGUGGACAAGGUCCCAGUGGUGAAGGCUAAGGCUACCCAUGUCAUCAUGAAUUCUCUGAUCACAAAACAGACCCAGGAAAGCAUUCAGCAUUUUGGGCGACAGGCAGGGCUGAGAGAUGCUGGCUACACACCCCACAAGGGCCUCACCACCGAGGAGACCAAGUACCUUCGAGUGGCAGAAGCACUCCACAAACUAAAGCUACAGAGUGGAGAGCUAACAAAAGAAGAGAGGCAGCCUGCGUCAGCCCAGUCCACCCCCAGCACCAGUCCUCACUCUUCACCUAAGCAGAGGCCAAGGGGCUGGUUCACUUCUGGUUCUUCCACAGCCUUACCUGCCCCAAAUCCUAGCACCAUGGACUCUGGAAGUGGGGAUAAGGACAGAAACUUGUCAGAUAAGUGGAGCCUCUUUGGACCGAGAUCCCUUCAGAAGUAUGAUUCUGGAAGUUUUGCCACCCAGGCCUACCGAGGAGCCCAGAAGCCCUCUCCAAUGGAACUGAUCCGUGCCCAGAGUAACCGAAUGGCUGAAGAUCCAGCAGCCUUGAAGCCGCCCAAGAUGGACAUCCCAGUGAUGGAAGGAAAGAAACAGCCACCACGGGCCCAUAAUCUCAAACCCCGUGACUUGAAUGUGCUCACACCCACUGGCUUCUAGAGAUCUUUCUCUCCAGGGAUUCUGGUGAAGAGGGUUUCUUGCACCCCACUCCCCUUUUACCUUGAUUCUGACAUAGGAAAGAUAUAUUCCGUUCUCUACUAAAAAACUAGCUGGGCGUGAUGGUGUGCGCCUUUAGUCCCAGCUACGCGGGAGGCUGAGACACAAGAAUUGCUUGAACCCUAGGAGGUGGAGGUUGCAGUGAGCCAAGAUCAUGCCAUUGCACUCCAGCCUGGGCCAUAGAGUGAGACUCCAUCUCAAAAAAAUAAAAAUAAAAAAUAAUGUAAAAAACCUGUUAAACUGAGGCUAGAGCUGGAGACAUAAUUGGUUUUUGAGAAACAUUAGUACAAAGCUUGCCCUUGUAUGGAAGAAGCCAUUUUGUAUUGCUUUAAAGUUAGACUAAAUAUUCUCAGCAGUGGUCAGUGGGGACCUCAUUACCUGUUUUUUCAUCCUUUACCCUAGGUAAGAACUUUGAUCACUGCUUAUUAGGUAAAGAAUCAAAGCCCAGGCUUCUUGAUUCCUUUAUCACUAUCCACGUGAGCAUUGACAAGUCAUAGCGUAGAGUUGCUCACUGCUUUGCUGAGAUGACUCUGGCCCUGUUGAUGGCUGGUGCUGUGCUCCAGUCUUACCAGUUAGGGGACCCAAGAUUUGUUUGGGACCUGGGUACAGGUAAAAGCCAGACUUGCCAGGGAUCCUUCUUUCUAGGCUGAACCUUGAGUCCCCCUGCUUUUUGGUGGACGUAAUGGAUCACUAUCCUGCAGCCAGUUCUUCAUGUGGGGCCUCUCAAGCCAGUGCUGCGGGAGGCGUGCUCCUCUUCCGAUGCCAUAGGACAAACACUAGUCUACCAGAGCCUUUCUUGCACUUUAAAGUGAGAUUAAUUUAACUCCAAUUAGGUUAAAAACUUGCUAAGAGAGAAAGUUCAGUCUCCUGAUUUGGUAUAGGUAAACGGACAUUAAACUUUUUUUAAAGUAAAGGAUAUGGUAGGUACAGUUAGAUUAUAUUCUUGAGGUUCAUGUGAAGCCAGUGGUGUUACCUUACUUUGAUUUCCUUGUUCAGGUCAGGGACUGGAACGUCUGCCGGGUAGGUGAAUAAAUUCAAAAUUUUCUGUGUGGAAGCAUUUUUCACCAAAAUGAGCCUCAUCCCUUUAUGCAACACAUAACCUUACUGAGGGAGGGAAACAGUGAAACCACCUUUUAAUUUCUCCUCACCGUGUACAGGUUCAGUCAUUGUCUUGAACACUGUCUCAAAUACCUGUUUUUUGUUUUGGAUAGUACCUUGUCUGUAUAAGAAGCUGACCUUUCCAUAGAGAGGCCCUAGAGUCUAAUUUAUUUGUGUCUUCUAGUAUGAUCUCUUGUUUUGACAAUAAAAAUCCUUACUACUUUCUCAAA